AUGAAUCUUCCGUGCCAGAACAAUCCGAACAAGGAGAAUGAUCUAACACUGUGUGUCUGGAAGGUGUGCAAUCGAAUAAGCCGCUUGCUUGACACACAGAAGCGUUCGGAGCUGCGACAGUUUUUCCAGAAGCAUGACCCAUGUUUAUCCGGGUUCAUACAGGGCUAUGAGUUUGUCAACGUUCUAAGCUGCAUACUGAGGGAAUGCCUGUGUGGAACCGAAAUCUGUCAGCUGGCAGAAUACUUUCAAACGCCUGAUUCGGCAGGAGUUGCUUAUCGGCAGUUUCUUGACCUGAUAGAUGACGAUGGUUUGAAAUCCUUGCGGACCCAUCAUAUACUGUCCGCUAGCGAGCAUCGUCGGUUGGCACUAGUGCUAAUGGGUAUUGCCCAGUCGUUGCGUUUCCGAGAGCAAGUUCUUCGACCAUAUUUUGAAGACUACGAUCUGAUUGCUCAGAAUGGUGGUUCGGUUACUGCUGGCUAUUUCAAACGCGUGCUGUACUUUCUGGGCAUAACUCUUGGGCAAUACGAGUGGGAGCUCAUGUUCAAAAGAUUCACCAAUGACAGCUAUAAGAUUGAUUACGAAUCGUUUGUUGAUGAAAUUGACCAAGUUUCUAGAUAUCUCGACAGUCGAGGCCCAUUGGAUCGACAGUGUGAUGACAAUGUUCCUCCAAAAAUCAUCACUGUUGAACUGCCAAAAGUUGAUAGACCGGAAGUUGGUGUAGUAGAUUUAUCGCAAAUACUUUGCAAAGAUACCGCGUAUCAUCCAUGCUUGUAUCCAUCGCGGGAAUCGCGAGAGUUCGAGGCAUUGAUGCUUCGCAUUAAAGAGUAUAUUUGGAAAAAUCGGGUACGCACGCGGGAAUUUUUCGAACAGUUCGAUGCUAUGGGAUGUGGAUGGAUUAGCCGAAGUCAGUUUAUUCGCUCCAUGGAUGCAAUUGGGCUAUCCGGACUUCAUCGACUCCCCCUGACCGACUGCGAAAUAAGGACAAUCUGCGACCACUACCAGGACUCGAGAGAUGCUAACAGGAUACGGUGGGAACGGUUCACGGAUGAUGUGGAUGAAGUGUUUACAAUUAAGAAUUUGGAUAAAGGUCCUUUUCAGACCAUUGAUUCGCCUCCGGAGGAAAUCCGCACGUUACCGCGUGAAGGUGCUUUGCAGAUGCAGGAAUAUCGCGACCUAGGGGAAGAUGUAGUCGGGUGUAUUCGAACGCUGGUGGGAAAUAGGCGGAUUUUGAUAAUUCCGAUAUUCAAAGAUUUCGAUCCUCAUCGUAAUGGACAGAUUACACGAAGCCAAGUUGGUGAAGCACUAUCGAUGGCAGGAGUAAAAAUUACGGAAGAACAACAGUAUGCUCUUAAUCAGCGAUAUGGCGAUGACUUUGGAUUCGAUUAUGUGAGGUUUAUGAGAGAUGUUGAUCCAUCGCCACCAACCAAUGCAGCGUAUCAAGAUCUACAGCCGCGUUUAGCAGCAAUUAAUGCUACAGGCAAUAAGACGAUACCUCAUCCGCAUGAGUGCGAUAUAGUACGCGUUCUCGCCAAAGUCAAAGGACAGGUCGUUCGCAGAAAAUUACGCAUCAUUGAUUCGAUGCGUGGCUUCGACCUGCUCAGUCAUUUCCGUAUAACUGCUGAUCAAUUCGAACGUGGCUUAUCAUCCGCUUCCAUAGACUUGGCGCCAACUGAGGUCUGUACGCUCAUAAAGACUUUCAAGACUCCGCUAUGCGAAACGGUGGAUUACAAACGCUUUUGCGACACUGUUGCCGAGGUUGACUACCAAUGUCACCUGGAGAAAGCCCCUUUGCUGGUUCCGUUACAGCACUUUCCUUCUGAGGAUGGUCCCCACAAUCAUUUGAACUUUGAAGAACGUACCAUUCUUUCUCAGACAUUGCAAAAGUUGGCGUGUCUUGCAGAUUGUGUGUCCAAUUUGCGGUCAUUAUUUCAGGACUUUGACCGCCAGCGGCUUGGAGUAGUGAACCGUAAUCAGCUCAUACGCUCGUUUGCCGCACGUGACUUGCAUACGACCAUAUCAAGCCGAGAGUUUGAAGUACUUUGCAAGUGUUGUGGGUUCAAAUCCGGAUGCAGACAGGAAGUAAACUAUCGAGCAUUUCUGGCAGCGCUUGAUUAUCUAUAUGCGAAUCGCGAAAACCACCCGUUUUGA